GUCCGGACUAAGCGUAGACCGACCUCCCCGCCAGAGCGCUCUCGCAGCGCCGCUGGUCCCCGUGCUCCCCGUGCUAGUCUCAGUGUGUGCCCGGUGCGUGUGUCAGUGAUCAGACCUCAUCCCCGCCAUGGCCAACGUCCUCCUGUCCCUGGGUGCGGUGGCGGUGCUCGUCGCCCUGUUCGCCCAGCCCGGUUCCGGGCUCAUCUGCUACGAGUGCAACUCGCACAAUGACUCCCGGUGCGCCCUGGACAUCCCGCCGGACAACCUCAAGAAGGACUGCAGCGAGCACAUCGACGGCGCCAAGUUCACCAUGUGUCGCAAGAUCACCCAGUCGAUUGAAUUCGAGGUGAACGGACUGCCUCCGGACUCACGAGUGAUCCGCGGCUGCGGCUGGGACGAGUCCACCUACAAGGGCAAGUGCUACCAGCGCUCCGGCUUCGGCGGCAGGCAGGAGGUGUGCUCGUGCCUCACGAACAACUGCAACGGCGCCAGCACCGCGGCGGCCAGCGUAGCGGCCGUGCUGCUCGGCUCGCUGUACGCCGUGCUCGCCUACUGAUUCUCCGGCCGGUGCUCCGCGCUCGGCUACAUCCCCGGCGGCAGCCUCCCCAUGGCUCCGCGACCCCGCUCGCUGCUCGCAGCCUGACAAGCACUGCCACCUCGACCAGCAAGCGCAACCCGUUUUGGGAAAACGAUGAACUGAAAAACAAAAAAACUUUUUUUUUCUUUUUUUUAGACCUCCCCGUGAUCUGUCAUGUACCAUCGGCGGUGGCUGACCGUCCCUUAACUAGAGCGAGGACGUCUGAAUAAACGACUCAGCCGAGAGCCCAAUAGGACUCCACGCGGGGAGACUAGACUAGAUAAUAGUGAUCUCGGAUGACACCGUGGUCUCUGCAGGCCCGGGAGGUUGGACCACGGCCUCGUCCUGACCUGCCGCGACCACGGUCUGAGAGUUAGAGCACCUGGAUCAAGCCAGGGUUUUGUCGUCGUAGACACACUCAGCAGAAGAGCGCCAGAACGCGCCUAGGUUCUUUUUACUACUUCUUAUCGUAACAUGUAAUACGGUAGAUAUAAUGGUGCUGCCCGUCCUGUAGAGUGGUCCGAAGAGCGGACCGACUCGUCACUGCCUUCGACUUGUCGAACAAAGUGAGACCAAAACAUCGUGUGGAUCGAAACAAGAGAGAUCAGAGCUCAACGUUUCUAUUGCUCAACAAACCUUAGAGAGGAGCUCACAUCUGAACUCUAUCCUUUUUGUGUUUCUUUGAAGGUUUCUCACUAGCCCGUGGCAACGACACACCUGACCUCUUUUCCCUUUUUUGAUUAUUAAGACAAUAAUCAUAUCUUCUUGGUUUCGUUUUAGAGACUAACUAUGCAAAACUUGGAAUCAGGCGUAAAAUGUGUAUAAUCUAGAAAAAAAACUAAUAUCAGUCUUGAGUUAAAUGCAUUUAUAAACAGGGAAUUUAAGCCACCGAUCUUAAAACGAUAAGGUGGUUCGUGUCGGCUAAUCCUUUAAUCUGACCUUGGCAGCUGAUUGCAACUUUGUUGCACGCACUGGUGCACAGCAAGCCAGUAAACGCCACUCUAAACUAAUUUUGGAAUCUUUGAAAAAAAAAGUCAAAUAAUAGGAAUAUAAUUACCAAUAGCUAGUCUUGUACUUUACUGUAGGUGAUCACAGUAUGUGAAAAUUGGAUUCCUUUCUGCACCAAUAUCCUUUUCUGUUGAUUUGCAGUCAUUUUCGAAUCCUGUUUUCUUACAAUUUCUAGAAAAUUGCUGUGGGUAAACCUCCGAUGAGACGAGUGCUUUUUCUAAUGUAGCUAUAAGUACUUCCAAAAGAAUUUCAAUUGCAUUUUGCUCAUUCUAUAAGGCCGAUGAAGAGUUGCUCUCGACUUGGGAUUGAGUGAUUUAUUUGAAAGUGGAUGACAGAUAAGAAGAUAAGUCAGUGAGCAGUUCUUGCAUUAGAAUAACUGUUGUUUAUUCGUUUAAAUACUCUAUUUUUGUUGUCUUCGUUUUGUUGCCCCGUUGUGAAAUAUAGCGAACAUAUUUGUUCGACGUACACCUGUGAUCGCGAGUAGAUUUAAAUGAGUAAUAAUAAACUAUUUGAAAAUUCGUACAUAAA